AUGGAAGGAAACAAACAAGUUAUCAGAUUGUUAGCUCGGAAUGUUGGAAAAAUAUCAAACUUCUUUGAUGAACAUAGUGUGUGGAAAUGCUUUAUUUCAAAUGCUUAUAGAUAUGAAAAUGAAAAAUGUGAUAUAUAUAAUAAUUUUUUAAAAGAUUUUAUAAAUAUGAAUACACAUUUUUGCCCUAUCAAAUCCAAAAAAAAAAAUUUAAGAAAUGAACUUAUAAAAUAUAUGAGAAAAAAUUUAAAAAAUAAUGAGGAUUUUUAUAAUAUUGGAUUCACUGCUAUGAGGCAUUUAGGGCGAAUUAAAAAUUCAAUAUUACAAUUGGAUUAUAAAACUAAAAAUUCUGUAAAUAGAAUUGACAUAAAUACAACAAAUAAAAAUAAUAAUGAUCAUUAUACAUUUUAUUCGGAUUCCAAUUUUGAAAAUAUUAAUUCUUUAAUGAAUAGAAAACAAAUAUGGAGUUGUGAAGAUGAAAAAAAUAUGUUUAAAAAUAAUAUACACAUCAUAGACAUAAAAAAAUUGAAUGAAAAUAGUAUUGGAAAUUAUGAUGAUAAUAAUGAUAUAAAAAUUUAUGGAAAAAAAAAAAAAAAAAAAAAAAAACAUAUAAAAAAUGAUAUAUUUUUACAAAAAAGUAAGAGGUUAACCCAGGUUUUAAAAAAUUGUAUAAAUAAAACAAAUACUAUUAUUAAUACAAAUGAAAAAGAUGAACAAAAUAAAGUUAGUAAUGAAAACAUUCAAUCUAUUGAGAAGCUAAAUGAUGAUCUAUAUCAAAUAAAAAUAACUGAUAAAGGAAAAGAGAUAUCAAAUUCAUCUAUUUUUAAAAAUGAAAAUGAAAAAAAUGAAAUAAAAAAAGGAACUAUUCUCAUUUCCCAUCCAUUAACUUCAAAUACAUUGUGGAAUAAAUCAGUUAUUAUAAUUACACAUAAAGAUAAAAAUAAUAUUGUAUAUGGUUUGAUAUUAAAUAAACAUCCUUUAUAUAAUAAUUAUAUGUGUUUGUCUAAAGAAAAGGAAGUUAACAAAAUAUUAAAUAACUUAUAUUCAAAAAAAAAAAAAAAAAAAAAAAAUGACGAAUCACAUUUCCAAGAUGAUCAAAAGGAUAUAUCAGAUUCUAAUUCCAAUAAUAAUAUUUCUAAAGAAAUUCAAGAAAAUAUACAACCAUGUAUUGAAAAAGAUCAAACACCCCUUGAUGGUAUAAUGAAUAGUAACAUAGAAGGAAACAAAGCCGAAGAAAAUAAAAUGUGGAAUGACAUUUCAAAGGAAGAAAACAAGACUAUAGACACAGAUAAAUCAAAAGUUAGUGAUAAUAAUGAAUUAAUUGCAACAAAUAAAAAUUCAAAUGAUGCAAUUGUUCCAAAUUUUAAUGAAAAUAAAGAAAAUUCGAAUAAUGGAAAAUAUGAUGAUUUUCCAACAUUAAAAGAUUUACAAGAAAUGUUUUUAAGAAUACAAUUUAGAACUACUUCAAAGCAGUUUAUGAAUAAAAAAAAUAUUCAAAAUAAUAAUUUGUUUACUAUUAUGGAUGAGCAUUUAUUGGAUAUAAUUACUCAUUAUAUUAUAAAAUUAAAUAAAGUUCCAUUAUAUUUACGAUUUCUACCUUCAUAUAAUAUUGGAUCUAUGACAGAUAUAAAAUGUGAAAUUAAAAAACUUGAAUUUUUAAACGAAUUUUAUAAAGUAUAUUUUGAAAAAUAUAACAAAUGGAAAGUUGUUAUUAUAAAUAAUCGCAUCCAUAUUUUCGAUAAAGAAAAAAAAAACAAAAAUAAAUUUCAAAACUCUCAAAACAAAUUAGCUUUAAGAAAUGCCAACACAAUAAGAUCAAAAGCUACUGAAACAAUUGAUAAACCAAAAUUAACGGAAAAAGAAAAAGAAAGAAUUCAUAGAAAAAUACAAAAAUUUAGAGAAACAAAUGAACUAAUUAAUGAUCAUGAUCAAUUAGAGGAAGACAAAACAUAUGACACUGAAAAAAAAAAUAAAAAACAACUUUUAAGAACGCGCGCAAAACAACAAAUGUGUGAAGAAGAUGAAGAUGAAAAAGACGAGGAUGAUGAAGAUGAGGAUGAUGAAGAUGAAGAAGAUGAAGAAGAAGACGAUGAAGAAGAAGAUGAUGAUGAAGAUGAUGAUGAAGAAGAUGACGAAGAAGAAGAUGAAAAUGAUUCUGCACUUGACAUAGAUAAACAAACUUUUGAAAAGUUAAAAAAUGAAAUAAGUAUAAAAAGAAAAGAAAAAAAUAAAGUCAUGUCAUCCAUAGAAAAAAUAAAAUCAAAGUCUGUUAAUAAAAAUUAUUAUCCAGGAAAUCCUGUAAACUUAUUUUGGCUAGGAGGGCCAUUACCUGGAUUAACUAUUUUACAUAAUAUAAAAAAAAUUUCAAAAAAUAUUAUAGUAAAUGAUGUAUUAUAUGAAGGAUAUAAUGAUAAUGUAAAUUCUUCAUCUUUAAAUGGACAUAAUAUGCUUGAUAAAACAGAUUAUGAGCUAAGUGCUGAUAACAUUAAAAGUGACAAAAAUAACGACAAAUUAACUAACCUAGUUAAAACAUAUAGAAAAGAAAAAGGUAUCGAAAUAAAAAACGAAGAAAAUGUAAAUACAGAUUGUGGAAAAAAAACAAAAUUAAUAAAAAGAUUUAUAGGGAAAGCGACAUGGGAUUUAAAUCAAUUAAUAGAAGAAUUAAAUAACGAUUAUUGGAUACCUAUAAAUUGUGAUAAUAAAGAAUUAUUAUCUAAAAUAAUUUUUAAUACAACUAGCGAAGGAAAUAAUAAUAAUGAGCAUGAACAAAUGCCUAACUCAGAUAUGUUUAGUACAUGCCAAGGAGAAAAUUUAUGGGAAAAAAUAUUAUCAUCUUUAAAUAGUGAUUAUGAAAAUAUUUCUAAAAUCCCACAGUAUGUUAUAGAUAAUGUUUUGAAAGAUUUCAAACAUGCUGAAAAUGAGUAA